UACCGUCUAAUUUUGACACCAAGUUAGAUAACACAUUUGGCUAGAAUUCCGAUAUUUUGUCUUAAUUCAUUUCACAACGUAUUCAUCCCUGGUCAUUUCGUUUAUCUGCGAAAUACUUUUUGUUGUGGAUUAGACGUAAGUUAUUGCCAUGUGCAGCAUUGGUGAAGAUGAUUUUGGAGACGAUGGCGCCGCCCACGCCAUGGCGGUUGAAUCCCUACCAUUAGGAAUCGUCCUCAGUCCAGGGAAUUGCAGCAAAUGCGAUGUAAACUCCGACGAGCUCUACAAACUCAACUUCCGUACUGCGGAGUGCCGGGAAUGCUUUCUAGCGUAUGCGAGGCACAAGUUUCGCGCUGCUCUGGGAGCAGCCAAGAUCCUGCCCAGAAACGCCGAGGUGCUCCUUGUCUUGGACGGAUCCGCGGAGUCGCUCGUGUUGCUCGACAUGUUACACUUCGCACAAACACAGAACACGUUCAAAAGACUUCAUUGCAAUGCACGUGUGGUCUACGUGGAGGAGCAGCAAGUGCAAGGGCGCGAUCCUGUGCACUUGGAAGCUCUGCAGAACUUAUCAACACAAUACGCACCGUUCGAUUUCUAUGUGAUUGAACUGGGUGCCUUACCCAGCUCCAUGCAGCGGAUCAAGGAUUAUAGUCCUUCUCUCAACGCAAACAACGAGCUUAUCCACAAGCUGCAGAAACUGCGAAGUCUGACAGCGCGCCAGGAUUACCUCCAGCAACAGCGCAAGAACCUGAUCUGCUCCGUGGCUCAGUGUCUGCGAUGUACACACGUCUUUGAAUCUAACAUAAGUGUUGACUUAGCCACCCAGUUGCUUACUGCAAUAGCGCUAGGUCGUGGCGGUAGUGCCGCCUUGGAUGUGGCUCUCCUCGACGAUCGGCUGUCUGGAGAUGUUAAGCUGCUGCGACCUCUCAAGGACCUAAAUGAGCAGGAGAUUCAAUUUUACAUACAUGCACAGCGACUAAAGCCACUGUUCCAAAAAGGCUCACGUUAUGGGAGGGAGCAUGGACAGACUGCCAGCUUACAGAACCUUACAUCAGCAUUUGUGGCCAAUCUUCAGCAAAACUAUGCCUCCACAGUAUCCACAGUGUUCCGAACUGGCGACAAAAUAGCUGCCAAUUCCAAUCCAGAGCAGUCCUCUUGUGUUCACUGCCGAUCUACGCUGGACACCGAACUAUCCGAUACUCUGCUGGCUAUUGAGUACUCCAGAUCUGUUUCAGAGGCCGGCGUGAGCCUGUACAAAAGCGGACAAGAUCUCGAGGACUUGGCCAAGAAGCGACUGGAGAACAAGGAUGGUUUGUGCCACGCAUGCCGCGCCAUACAGGCCGAGUUGGAUAGUGCUUGUUAUUGACGAGAGGCUGCAGUGGCAGAUGUCCAUCGCCAGGCGGUACAUUGGAGGCCAGUACGACCUUGUGGAAGUCGUAGACGAUAUAGCGAUUGUAUUGCUUGGCCUUUCGAUGAAGGUCGUCCACCGAUCCCGACAAGACAAUUGUUUGUGUACAAGCGCCUGGCUCUUUGGGAUAGAGCUCAUCACCAGGAAGAACUCCAAACAUGUAGUCAUCGCAGCGAUAGUAGACGGGCUGCACCAAUGUGCUUCCCUUGCAGCUCCUUUGGCGGGAGAAGUUGAGAAGCUCCUGAAAGCUAUAGAAGUUCAUCAGACGAGCGAUGUCAUAGAGCAGCAUGAACGGGAGCCAAAUAAUUCCUUUCUGGGAGCUCGACCAAGCCUCGGUCGGACUCAUCCAGUGGGCCGAAGCCACUUCGUGCGGUUCCAGAAGCAGCUUUAUAUUCCUGGUGUGCUCAUCCAACAUGGUGAUAUAAUAAACAGUGUCAUAUCUCCGA